AUCCUCAACACCAAACUAUAGUUCUUGUUGCGAAUUUCUUCUCUUCACUCAAAUGUAUAAAUAAGCUGAUAUUGUUUUUGUUCAUUGCCACUGCCAAUGUUUUUGUUCAUUCAGUGUUUGUCUCAAUUACAUUUGCCAUUGUUGAUUUUUGUGUCGUAAAUAUUAAUUUGUUCGUUUUUGUUAUCAUGCUUUUUUCAUUUCCCAUAUAAUACCUCCGCAGCAAAGGCCAGGCUUUUACUACCUCAAGUGUUUCGAGAAGGUUCACCGUGACUGCCUGUCAAGCCCUGUAACUUUCAUCAAAACAAUCCGUUUUCGUAUGCGUUGGGCCAAGAAAAUGCUGUUGGAAAACCCUAACAGCAAAGUGCUGUUUUUACUAAGGGACCCAAGAGCUGUAAUGAUGUCACAGAUGCAUCGUCUAGAAAACCCAAUGAAGCUGAACUUCACAGAAAACUUAACCUACUUCUGUAAAUACCUCGGUGACGACAUAGAGCAUGCAGAAAUUCUCUCCAACCUGUUUCCAGGUAGAGUCAAGGUUGCACAUUACGAAAUCGGUGCCAUGUCUCCCCUAUUGUAUACAGAAGCCCUGUAUAAAUUCAUUGGCUUGAACAUGACAGACGAAGUUACCCAGUACGUGAAGUCUAUUACCAAUGCAAGCCAUGACGAGAUCGGAUUUGGAUUGGGGAUAGUGAGGAAGAACUCCACUGAAGCCGUAUACUCCUGGAGACACACAAAUUCUUACAAACACGCCAAGCUGGUGGACAAAAUGUGUGGAGGACUCUACGGGAAACUCGGGUACAAAAUGGUGUCGACGAAAGAAGAACUGUUGUCAGACACGUCUUUGCUGGUGGAGCCAGAGAACCCUUCAAUGUUUGUGACAACUCCAUAAAGGGAGAGGAGGGGGUGUGACUGUCUGUCUAUCUGGCGCACAGUGAGUAGUGUAGUGUAUCAGUUAAUGACAGGUGGAAAGUCGGAGCUUGUCAUAACAUACUUUGUGUAAGUUUUGAGGUGAUCAAAAUGUCAAACCAUUGUACACCAGUUGUUUUGAGGUGACGCGUCGCACGUCUUAAGUUUUGAGACGACCAGAUAGCUACCCUAGAAUUACAAAGUUGUAUCUGCUUAAUACCUAGUUUUUAGAAAUUUGACGUUCAAUACUUUGAGUUUUACAACACGUCAAGCUUUUUCGAAUGCUAUUCUCAGAAUAUCAUGAUAACGACUCCGAAUCAUCUAACGUUUUUGAUAGAGUAGAUCGAAUAUUUGGUUAUUGUCCUCAGUAAUUCAAAACGGCUACAUAAUAUGUUAGGUAGAACUUUAUAAUUCUUAGGUAGCGAAAUGACAUGGCGUUAUACGCCAAAAGUAUUGUGUGACAUUCACACAAGUUGUCUGUGGUAUCCUUGUAUUUUUCGAGCAUUGUUCUGUGAAAUGGUAUGUUCCUCCUGAUGUCUUAUCGUGGUAUUGACCUUGUAUUUAAAAAAGAAUAAUGCGUUUAUUUUGGUAUGUUUCUACUUAUCUGUGUCAAAGCGUUACUUCUGACGUAUGCGUAUCCGAUUGGCAUGGCAAGUCGAUUAACCAUACUGUUACUUUUCAAUAAUCGCAGCGACGUGCUAUAAAUGAUAAUAUGCCUAACUGUUUAUCAUGACAAAAUGCAUCGACAUUAUUACUAUGAAUAUGUGCAGUAAAAAGUGUACCAUGUGUGUGGCUAGCCUCGCGUGAUUGAACUGAAUUAUCUGUAUUGUAUCAACUAAUUCAUUGAUUGCAAAGAACAAAGAGCCUUUGCUCGAGAAGAGAUAUGUGCGACGUUAAUAGUAUUUACCAUCAUCGUCACCGUUAUACAGUCAAUCUUGUCCUCAAAGGAUCAUGCAAAAUAAUUGUAAGCCCCAAUAAUCAAGAAAGUCAGCAAGCGAAACUGCAUACAGCUUCUAACUUACAAACCGCGUAAAUCCAAAGAAAAAGACAAUUAUUCGCCACAACUCAUCAUUUACAGUUACGCAGUGUUUAGUAGUUUAGUUUUAGUAGAGGUUUUACGGCGCUCACAACUUACCCAUUGUACAUAAAAUCCAUAAUCAACAUAAAAAAAACAUUUUAGAAAAAUCCGACUAAAUGAAAGCAUGUUUUCCCCAGGCCCCACAUAUAGCACUUCGCCAGCCCCCGCCAAAUUUUGGCAGGGACCUCCUCAUUCUCGCUAAAUCAUUUCCUCAUCCUUUUCAAAAACCUAGA